AUGACGUCGCCGAUGAACCCGCCUAUCGAAGACACCGUUGAAAGAAUGUUGAGAAGUUAGUUUUUUUUUUUUGAGUUCGGCGAAAAGAGAGGUCCUUUAUCCUUUUUAGACAUAUAUUUUUUUCUUUUUUUUUUAAAUGGAAAGUGCAAAGGUGAACUCAAAAAGGCGGCUUCUUUUUUUUUUUCAAAAAAUUCUUCACUCACACAGAUUAAUUAAAUUGAAGAUUUUCGAACUAUCAUAAAUCGACACUUUCUUUUAUUUUAUUUUGAAAAAAUGGUUGAAUUAAGAUUUAUAUCUGAUGUUUGAAUAGCAAAAAGUUUUUUUUUCUUUUUCACUAAUCUGUAUUCCAGAGUCUGUGUAUUUGAUUAUUUCAACUCGGAAUAAAUACAAAAGUAGCGCAGAUUCAUUCAGAAAUGUUUCAGACUUGAUUUUUCUUUAAAAAAAAGCCUUUUCAGUCCGAUGGGUGGUGAUUCUGGGAGCGCUUUUGCCCGGAAUUGGCUGUUAUUUCGUCGUCGGCUACACCUACUUAUUCCAAUUCGAAAGAGUCUACAACUUCACGGAACAGGAGCAGUGUCCUGACCUUCAUAUGUCCGAAAAAAACACAUUUUUUGGGAAUAACCUAGAAUCUCAGAUUCCUACCGCCCGUUUCUUAUUCGAUUGGCGUUUGGGAGCCUCAACGAUAUAUUUGGCUUCUUGUCAUGUUCGCUCACCUUCCUCCUAGACUUUUCUUUACUAUGGUCAGUUUAAGAUAAGCUUAUAAAAUUAACGGUUAAAAAAAGAAAGUAUGUUGAAAAAAAUGAGAAAAAGGUGAAAAAGCAAUAUUUUUUUGCUUUUUUUGGUUAAUCUUUAUAAAAAAAUAGUGGUUGCAAAAAAAUUGAUAGGAAAUAUUUGUCACACGAGGAGGAGAUUAAAAUUCUGCAUUUUUUUCAUUCAAAUAUAAUGAAGUUAAAACGUAUUUCACGCUGUGAACGUCAAAUUAUUUAGAUUUCAAAGCUCAACGAAUAUUUUUUUAGAAAGUCUUUCAAAAUUUAAAGAGAAGAAACUUUUGGAAUCGAUUUUUCAAAAUGAACAUGUUCUGAAGUUUUUUUCGAAACUGUUUAGAAGCUCAAGCGAGAGAUCAAUAGUGGCCUUAGAGACGGCAGAGAAAAAAACGCUUUCUUCUCUGCCGUCUCUUCAAGCUGCUGCUGAUGUUUCCUCUAUUUUUUAAGCUAGUUUCCGCCUUAUUACCUUUUAAAGCUUUAUCGACGGCUGUUCAUCAACUCCGCUCCAAAAUCAGUACUUUAUCGGUGGUCAACGUGCUUCUUUUUGAACACAAUGUGGCUGGAACCAUUUGGGCUCAUUUUGGUGUCCGUCGUCGACAUCAAAGGAGCUUUCAGUGAGUGAAAUACUACUUGGAUACUAUGUAAAUUACUGUGUAAAUUCAAAUUUUGUAAUCUAACUUGAAAUUUCUUUGCGUUGCGGUUAAGAGCAGGUCCGAAGUGAUACUUACCAUGGUUAGAAGCGCGCGAAAAAAGUUUUAAGUCGGGCGCAUUUAUUCGCUUCGCAACCGCGACGCUUUUAUUUGUUUCACAUGCCUUUUCGGACGAUUCUACUAUAGACAUUGAUGACAGAGAUUUGAGGAAAAAAAUAUUUUUCAUCACAAGGCAAAAUUGCAAGCAUCUAGGACCUAUUUUCAGUGAUCCACGCUCUCGGCUACGUAAUCUGGAUCGUUUCUUUCAAUUUCAACAUGCUUUUCAAUAUAUUAUUGCAUCAUUUUGCUGGUAUCCGGGAUACUCAUUGCACGGUAAGACUUUAAAUUAAUAAACUAAAAUUUAAAAAUUAUAACUUUGUAAAAUUCAGUAAGAAUAACCGCCGCAAUAAGCAAAGCUUCGAAGAGUUUUUGACAAAAAUUCGAACAUUUCUCCAUUUUUUUUCCUGUUCCAAAAGUCUAAAAGCCACAUUUAAAAUAAUAAUCAACUUGACGCCUUGAAAAACAAAAGUUUGAAGAUGGAAACGACGUGGCGAAUAAAAUUGGUCAUAUUUCUGAUUGGCCUGGUGUGCGCCCUCUCUACGGCCGUUUCCUUCCCUGUUUUCUCCAUUUAUUGUUCUGGAAUGGGUCAGUUUCGAAUUUUCAAAGAUAUUCUAGAGAAGUUCAAAUGCCGUUGGAAAAAAAGGGAAUGGGAAGCAAACCUAGAACAAUUGAGAGAAAUAAGAUUUUUUUUUUGUACGAUGAUCCGCUGGAACACCUGCCUUUUCAUAUGUAAAAAUCUACAAGAAAAUGAAAAAUAGUUUUUGAGAAACUAAAAUAAAAUCUCCAGCUGUUCUUUUUACACAAUCUGCGCUCCAGUGAUAACUUUGAUUAUUUCCGCUUCUUUGGGAUUUUUUCCAAGCUUUGUUGGUCUGAAGAAAGUUCGCCCGAGAUAAAAUCAAAAAAAAGUUAAAUAUUCGGAAUUGCAAAUAUUUUUUAAUAUUUUUUUUGAAUCAAGUAAACUAAUCAACUGGAACCACUACAGUGGUAAAAAGCAAAUUCAGUAUCCGUCCUUAUUCAGACCGAUUUGCAGCCUACAACCUGUUCUCGCUGGCGGAGCUCAUCGAGGUCGGCUGCAACUCGCUUUUCUACGCAGUUUCCUACUACGAGUUUCCCAAAACUCGUGUCACCCUGGGAAUCCGAAGUUUCCCGAGGAAUUGUUCGAGUUUGGACAAGGUUGUCCUGCAGGCGCCGCCUUUACCCGAAAAGCAGAUUGUUUAA